AUGGGUUGCACCCAGUCGACUCCUGGACAGGCCUGCUCAUGCUUGCCUAGCAGCCCCGUCACAAGGAAAGCCGCGUGCGCUACUGGCCCUUCACUAAGUCUGCGGCAGAGGGUUGCUGCUGGUGGUUUUUCCUGUAUAAGAAACUCUCAUCAGUCAGCCCUCGAAGACGGCGACGGAGCGGCGAUACAGAUCAUAGGGAAACCCCGAGAAGAAGGAAACUCGGAGUCUGUGUCCGAGGAGGGAGCUCAUGCCACAACAGCGCCGGCAGCAGCUCUGGGAGUUGCGGCGCAGGAGGUUGAAAACUCUCCCGCAGGUGCCCGUCGCUCACUACGCCAGAGCCUGAGCCUGAAGCUGAACAGCAGGAAGCUCAGUUUCCGGAGUUUCCUUCGUUCUUCUGGGAGCGGAGAUAGCGUCCCAAGUUCGCAAGAUGCUGCUAGUCCCCCCGACACGAAGGUCGCCUGUGAUACACUGUCUUCUGAGACGGCGGCACAGGCCAACUGCAAGAACACUUCGCUUUCGGCGGCCGAUGCGUCAGCAUUCUUCAAGGCCUUCAAUGGAGUAUCCAGAAAUGCUUUGACAACUAAGAACGAAGAAGCGAUACAAUUCGGAAAUGACGGGGUGGCGUCAGAUGAUGAGCCGUCAACGGAAGAGAUGCGCGCCGUAUGGUGCGUCAUGAAAGCAAGCGGAGCAGACAAUGCCGCACAAAAAAUCGAGUGGCUACAUCGCCUCGAAUGGCUCCUGGUGAAACUAAAUCCUAUGGAGUCGAACCAUCCAACACGUCGCGCGCUAUUGGAGGCCAGAGUUUUGGAGCUUUGCCUUGGCUGUCUCCGGGAGAAUCAUGAUGAUGCAGGCAUGUGCGUCUCUGCGCUGGCUAUUCUCGUUCACAUGUCUCUAAAUGAUGAGACGUCGAACAAGCUGGCCUCUUCUAAUGGCCUAGAGGAUAUCUCACUCCUGUUGAAGAAGUACUACAGCCGAUGCCAAGAGCAUGCAAGAGGCAAAUGCCAAGGCACUGCAAGCAAAGCUACAAAUGAGACAACUUCUUCAGAUAAGAGUAAUGCUGAUCAGGUCAUCCCUGGUGAUUGUGGCAGCAUGGAGGAUAAUAGUGCGGCUAGACUCACAGAGACAAGCGGGCCUGAGACACCACUAGAAGGAUCUGAGCAAAACGGGAGCGAGCGCAGGGCACCGGAGGAGGAUGUGGAAAUGGCUAAAUCUGUGGCGCAGCAAGGUGACGAGGCUGAACUCCUUGCAGUCGAGCUCGUCACUCUCGUAUGGCGUCUGAUAUUUGCCACUAGCUUAGACGGAGAUGAGUACGCACAAAAAUGGGUAAAAGCUGGCGCGGCCGAACCAGCUAUUGACAGCGUUGCCUCGGACCUCGAUGUUUUCUGCUCGGAUACGUACGUGUGCUGGGUAUUUGGCGCUCUCCGGUUCCUUCCCCUUGAUAAUGCUGAGCUGUGCGAGGACUUCGUUCAGCGUCGGAAGCUUUUUGAGUGGACCCUUAAGAAAAUGGAGAUGCACCAUGAGGAAGCUCUUGUGCUUGAAAAUGGAUUUGCCGUGCUUGCCAACUACCAGCGUAACCAGCCUGUUCACGCAGAAAUUUUGUCCAAGCUUCCACGGGUCUGGAAUAAAUGCCUUUCGUGGCUCAAGACAGACUCAAUGAUUCGCGUGCCGGACGUGGUAUAUCAGGGCUUGUACACAGUGGGCCUGGCCUGCUCGUACUGCCCUUCUGCCUGCAUCAGCCUUCGAGAGGCAGAAGGUAUGGAGUUUGCGGAUAAGGUUGUUGCGCUAUACGGAGCGAGCGUGAACGGAGAAGGGCAAAAGGAAACAUCACCUGGCAACGAGAACGCGUGGUCAUCGAACGACAAACAUGUGAACGUCCUCCAGUUUGCUGAAGGUCUGCGACGCCUCCUCUUGCCUGCCGCUAUCUCGCCUACGGGUUUGACGGCUAUCUGUCAGGAACCAAUCCAGGAGGCUGACGAGGAAGAAUCCGACGGGGACAAAGAAGGCGUUAUGGCCAUUCCACCAGAAACGACGAUUCCCUGCCAACACACUCAGGAGGAGAGCGACCUGCGCUCUUCGGCGCCUGAAAUAACGGCAAAAACGACACCAUCGCUUCCAUCGCAGGUGCCUGAGAAACACAAUGAAUCCCCUGGGGAACGCGACCAUACAGGUGAUGAGCUCACCCGCGAACCGGACUCAGACGGCGCGCAGCCCACAGGGUCAAACGAUAUGACCCCAUUGCCAGUAUUUCGCUUAAGUUCUCGAUCGGUCACGCCGGAAAUGGAUACAACACUCGAGGAGAAGCGCACACCAGAGCUCCCGUCUCCUUCUGCUUCUGAUAUUAACGAGGUAUGCUCCGAAGGGACAUCAGCAGUCGUCUCUCCCGACCGAGAGCAAAGCCUGCCGCAGACAGAUACAUGCUCGAUCGAGCCGGUGGUUCCCAAAGAGGCGGCACCCGCGGUGUCUGUUGAGCAACUGCAAAAUGCUGGAGAAGACAGAAUGCUGAAAGAACCUGAUACCGCGAGCUGCGCCGUCGAGGCACGGCCUGCUUCAUGUGCUACCGCACCCAGCGAGGCGGAGACAGAAGGGGGAGCAGGCUCCCCUGAGCCGUCCUGCACUUCCCCUGACCUUGCUGCAGAUCGUCUUGAACCAGAACCCCACGCAACUGAGGCCAUUUAA